AUGAGCACUGAAAAAGUGAAAAUUGAAAUAAAAGACGAAACAUUAAGUGAUGAGGACGAGCAAGACGAUGAUGAAACAAUGGAAAUCGAUGAAUCGCUGUAUAACACCGAAGAAACAAAUCAAGAAAUACAAUUUGAAAAGGACUCAUACAAACGUUUUGAGAUGCUUCUAAAGAAAACUGAAAAUUUUUCACAUUGUUUAAGUGCUGGUGAUGUGGAAGUCACCACAGCGUCAAAUAAAGUUGGAUCACGUAUCUGUUAUAUAGCACAGCCUGCGCGACCACCUCCUCCUUAUAUUGAUAUUGAAGGUGAUCAUCGUCACAGAAAAACUGAAAAAGAAGAAGAUGAAGAAUUAAUGAAUCUUGUUAAGAAAAGCGAAACACUUAUUAGAUUUGAAAAAACACCAUUUUAUAUCGAAAAUGGUGAAAUGCGAGAUUAUCAGAUUCGUGGUUUAAAUUGGUUGGUUUCUUUGCAACACAAUGGAAUUAAUGGGAUUUUGGCUGAUGAGAUGGGCCUUGGCAAAACACUUCAAACAGUUGCUAUGCUUGGUUUUAUGAAACAUUAUAAGAAUUCCUCUGGGCCACAUCUGGUGAUUGCACCUAAAUCAACUCUUCAAAAUUGGCUUAAUGAAUUUGAACAUUGGUGUCCUUCUUUGAAUGCUAUUGCACUUAUUGGGCAUGCUGAUGCUAGGGCUGAGCUUAUUCGAAAUGUUAUUUUGCCUGGAAAGUGGGAGGUGCUGGUGACAUCGUAUGAAAUGGUGUUAAAAGAAAAAAGUUUAUUACGAAAGUUCGUUUGGAAAUACUUAGUUAUUGACGAAGCACAUCGCAUAAAAAAUGAGCAUUCGAAGUUAUCUGAAAUCGUAAGGGAGUUCAAGUCAAAGCAUCGUUUAUUGAUUACUGGAACACCAUUACAAAAUAAUUUGCAUGAAUUAUGGUCUUUGUUAAAUUUUCUUCUUCCUGAUAUGUUUGCAUCUGCUUCGGAUUUCGAUUCUUGGUUCACAACAAAUGAAAUGAUGGGAAAUCAGGAUUUAGUUGCUCGCUUACAUCAAGUUUUGAGACCUUUUCUGUUACGGCGUUUGAAAUCAGACGUGGAGAAGACCCUUUUGCCCAAGAAAGAAGUCAAAAUAUACAUUGGCUUAUCAAAAAUGCAGAGAGAAUGGUAUACAAAGAUUCUUAUGAAAGAUAUCGAUGUAGUGAAUGGCGCGGGUAAAUUGGAAAAGGCUCGUAUAAUGAACAUUUUAAUGCAUUUACGGAAAUGCUGCAAUCAUCCUUAUUUAUUUGAUGGUGCUGAGCCAGGUCCACCUUAUACAACUGAUCAACAUCUCGUUGAUAAUAGUGGUAAGAUGGUGCUGCUUGACAAAUUACUAAAAAAACUUAAGGACCAAGGUUCUCGUGUUUUGAUUUUUUCUCAAAUGUCACGAAUGCUGGAUUUAUUCGAAGAUUAUUGUUGGUGGCGAAAUUACCAGUAUUGUCGCUUAGAUGGUCAAACAGUACAUGCAGAUCGUCAAAAAUAUAUCGACGAAUUCAAUCGCCCAGAUUCUGAUAAAUUUAUUUUUAUGUUAACUACUCGCGCUGGAGGCCUUGGUAUUAAUUUGACUGCUGCAGAUGUUGUGAUUAUAUAUGAUAGCGAUUGGAAUCCGCAAGUUGAUUUACAAGCCAUGGAUCGAGCGCAUCGAAUCGGUCAGAAAAAACAAGUACGAGUAUUUCGCUUCAUUACUGAAAGUACAGUGGAUGAACGAAUAAUUGAAAGGGCGGAAAUGAAAUUGCACUUAGAUUCUAUUGUAAUUCAGCAGGGUCGUUUAUCAGACACACAAAAGGCUCUUGGUAAGGAAGAUAUGCUAGAUAUGAUACGGCAUGGUGCAGACCAGGUAUUUGCUUCGAAAGACAGCACGAUUACAGACGAAGAUAUUGAUACCAUCUUGGAAAAAGCUGAGCAGAAGACUGAAGCUCUGAAACAGAAAAUUAGUUCAUUAGGCGAAUCAUCACUUCGAAACUUUGCAUUAGAUGCACCUGGAUUAGAUGCUGAUGGGAAUUAUACUGUUUAUAAAUUCGAAGGAGAAGAUUAUCGUGAAAAGCAGAAGCUUGUUGGUGGCAUCGGCUAUUGGAUUGAGCCACCAAAGCGUGAACGCAAAGCGAAUUAUCAAGUUGAUGCUUAUUUCAGAGAGGCUAUGAGAGGCGGCCAUACUGAACCAAAAGCUCCGAAAGCGCCACGCCCGCCCAGACAACCUAAUGUGCAAGAUUUUCAAUUUUAUCCAAAGCGAUUAUUUCAAUUACUCGAAAAGGAGGUUUAUUUGCAUAGGAAAACAAUCGGAUAUAAGGCUCAAAAGCAGCCCGACCUGCCACCGAAGGAAGCAGAAAAAAAACAAAAGGAAGAACAAAAGAAAAUCGAUAAUGCUGUUCCAUUAACUGAAGCUGAACAAAUUGAAAAAGCAGAAUUGUUGGCUCAGGGUCUUAGCAAUUGGUCACGUCGAGAUUUCCAACAAUUUAUCAAAGCAAAUGAAAAAUAUGGUAGAAAAGAUCUUGAAAGUAUCGCUAAAGAAAUUGAUACGAAAACUUUCGAAGAAGUGGAGGAAUAUUCGAAAAUUUUUUGGGAUCGUUUAGAAGAAUUGGCUGAUCAUGAACGAAUAUUAGCCACUAUUGAAAAGGGUGAAAAUCGAAUACAAAAACGACACAGUGUUAAAAAAGCUCUUGAUGAAAAAAUUGCCAAAUACAAAGCGCCUUUCCACCAACUAAGAAUCCAGUAUGGAACGAAUAAAGGCAAAAAUUAUACCGAAGAAGAAGAUCGUUUCUUAAUUUGUACAAUACAUAGCCUGGGAUUUGAUAAAGAUACUGUUUAUGAAGAAUUACGGCAAGCAAUCCGUGCUGCACCACAGUUUCGGUUCGACUGGUUCCUCAAAUCAAGAACUAUUAUUGAGUUACAACGCCGCUGUAACACGUUGAUAGCAUUAAUUGAAAAAGAAAUGGGUGAGGCGGAAUCUGUAAAACGAAACCGCGGUCAAAAAUCUAAUGCCAAUACUGCAAAUGGUGUUGCUGGAAUUGAUGGCAAGACAUCAGUGUCAAAAGUAUUUUAG